CAAGAGAGCUGGUGUGCCGAAGUUGAGAUGCUCUUAGAACAAUCGAGGGAGAAUAAUUAGAUUAGCCUGUGGAUGCUUUCGAAAGUUAGACCGGAGUAAUCUGGUGCAUGAAAGGUUGGUGGUUGCAGAUAGACUUGCGCAUAGCCAUCUGCGAUAAUCGAAGAAGAUAGGCAAUUGUGUCAAUGAGUGGAGCAGAUGUGACUCUUUUACUUGGCUUGCUUGUUCCCAUAGGCAUGAGAUUUCUCAACGGGGAAAAUGAAAGAGUAGCUAACAACCAGCGCCCUUCCCAAACACGACAAUUAGAAAAUAUCUACAUUCUUGUGACCACAAGAUUUGCUUAACGGUUGUUUUUCCAGCAACACCAAGAUGGAAUUCCUAUACACAAGGCAGCAGAUGGAGGGGUACAAGGGGUACAAUGCCAGGGUGAAGAUCGGGAACUGGAGCGAAGACAUGGAGCUUGAAGCGGCCAGAUUGAAGAAUUUCCUGUUGAAGAAGGACAGGGGGGAGCUGAAAAGCACACAGGCAGAGCAGCGGUUCGCGCAUGCGCUGCAGCCAGUUGAGCUAAAGCCCAAGGCGAAUGAUGGCUACGUUCACUUCGGUGACGUCAUCAUGCUCUUCAACCAGGCGACCGACGGGUGCCUGGCAUGCGACCCCCAGGAGAAUCUCUCCGACGAAUCUUUCGCCACGACCUCCACGUGGUACACUGAGCCAUGUGCAAGGAACACGUUCGAGAUCAAGAGGUGGGAGGGGAGGGGAGACAAGAAGGACGCGAUGUUCGACUUCCAGGACGACAUAGUGCAUUUCGGGCAGAAGAUCCAGAUCAAGUGCAACCCGCUCAUCACCGGGGGGGAGAACGCCUUCCUAACGUCCUACCCCAAGACUCCCACGUCCUACUCAAGGUACACGCGGAACCAGGAGGUGGCCAUGAGCCUCAACGGAGGAUGGUCGUCCGUGUGGGAGAUCCAGUACCUGGACCCCCAGUUCAAGAUGGAGAUGGAGGGUCAGGCGGUUCCUACCAACGCCCCUCUUGCUAUCCUGCACUGCAGCACCCACCAGCACUUGGCGUCCAACGUGGUAAAGUACAGGAAUGACUUUGGGACUGAGUACGAGAUGUUCUGCAAGACGUUCAACGACAUCAUGAAGGGGCAGCUGGGCACGAGGGACAGGACGAUGCUGGAAGAGUGCAACCGAUGGUGCUUCGUGUCGAGCAUCCCGUCUGAGGAGGAUGCGAUUGCUCAGGAGCAGGAGCAGGAGGCUGAGAGGCGGGAGGAGGAGGAGGAGGAGAACGCCAACGGCAAUUGAUGCCAAUUUGUGUUGUUGGUGGAAGACCAGAACUGCUGAUGCCCGACAUUAUCCAUCGUUUGUACAGUUGCUUGAGAGAUUUGCUUCCUUUUGGUUAUAUUAGAUUAAACAAGAAAAACUCU